AUGGGUCUCGAUUACAAAGUCUUCACCAGCAGACGUUCCGGCGUCAGUCGGACCACACCGGCUGGCCAUGAUCAUCUCAAGUGGGUGCCGACUACUUCGACCUUGAUAUUUGGCCAGAGAGAUGCAGUCCUGGUUGAUACCCAAUUAACCAAGGAUGCUGCGAAAGACUUGGUAGACUGGGUAGUAGGCACCGGGAAAAACCUUACGACAAUAUAUAUCACCCAUGCCCAUGGAGAUCAUUUCUACGGUACCGGUGCCAUUCUUGAAAAGUUUCCGGACGCAAAGGUUGUGGCUACGCCGGAGACUGUGUCCGGGAUGGCUAAGGCUAUAUCCCCGGAAGGCCUGGACUCAUUUUGGAGAAAUCUUUUCCCUGGGCAGAUCCCAGACAAGCUGGUGAUCGCCACUCCGCUCGAACAAGACCACUUCAUGCUGGAAAAUGAGCGAUUGGAAGUGGUCAGGUUGGGGCAUACGGAUACAGAUGAUACAACAGCUCUCUGGGUGCCUGCAAUCGGCUUGGUUGUUGCGGGCGACGCAGUCUACAACAACACUCACCCAUACUUGGGAGAAUCGAAAUCCCAAGAGGCCAGAUCGCGAUGGGUGGCAUCGCUCGAUAAGAUUGCAGCCCUUCAACCAAGAAUUGUCGUCGGAGGCCAUAGUGAUCCAUCUAAAGAAUUCUCUGCGGAUGCCGUCCAAGCGACCAAGGAUUAUUUGAAUGACUUUGCGCGACUGGAUGAGCAAACAUCCACCACUGAGGAAUUAUAUGCGCAAAUGAUGGAACUUCACCCUACUAGAUUGAAUAUCGGCUCCCUAUGGGGAGGUGCAUCACUCGUGAAGAGAUGA